UCAGUAGGCUCGCGACUGCCGUCAGAGAUGGACGGACCCGCGCGUGCGGUCGUUCUCGUACUCGCAAUCGCGCUCGUAACAGUGCGCGCUCACAUGACGCUUCCCUCACAUGAUAACAUCCUCCGUAUACAACUUUGGGACGCGGAGGGACUCAUCAGGGAACCGAUAGUUACAGAUGCGCCCAAAACUGUAAGACAUAAGACAAAAGUUGACUUAUCAACUUUAUACGAUGCUAUGAUGGGUGAUGAGUAUGAGCAUGGUGUUGGACGAUACGCGAGGCAUAAAGUUAGGCACAAGAGACGCAGACCGCGCCAGAGUGGAACGGACUUGCCCUGGAGAUUCCACUCCGGUUCCAAGUUGAUGAAUGUCGCGGUGUACGAUGAUGAUGUCCCAUGGGACGUGAUAGAAGGCAGCAGAGCCGGUAGCGCUAAUGCAAGUGCAGUGAGUGUUCCCAGUGCAAGUUAUCAAGUGAAUGAGCAUCGUGAUGUGUCACCGCCGAUGAGACUCCGCCAGGACGAGGACGAAGAAGUAAAAAAGGAGCUACCCGUCGUCCCAAAAUGUUGCGCGAGCGGACAAAACUUGAGCGUGACAAUCGAAAACGGGAAAGUGAAGACAGUUUGCGCUCGAUCCAGUCUCACGUUCCAACCCAUCUUCCACAAAGCGAACGAAACUCACAUAUGGAGCUACGACAGCAAUGUAUUCGAAACAAUCGUGGGUAACCCCUGCGCUUACGACAGGUACAAGCUGGAGCCUGACAAAGUCAGCGAAGAUGAGUUUUAUCUUCUAUUCAAUGGCUCUCUAUUCAUGCCAUUUAGCCAGCCUCCGUUAUUGGGAACUAGGAAUUUUUGUAUGGAGACAUUUUGGAACGAGUCCAAUCCGGCCGGAGUGACACUGCCGUUACUUUGCUUUCAAGAGCCCAUAGAGGAAGCGGGCACAUCACCAACACUUAUAGCUUACGCAAUCGGUUUAAUAAUAUCAGUACCGUUUUUACUGGCGACGACCUGUGUGUACUUAUUUAUAACUGAAUUAAGAGACACACAUGGGAAGGCUCUGGCUUGCCACUCGCUUAGUUUAGCUGUGGCAUUUUCUUGUUUAGCCGCAACACAGCUUGCUGGUCAUGCGUUUCCCAAUACAGCUUGUACUAUAAUGGCGUACCUCAUUCAAUUUUCAUUUGUAUCCUGUUUCUUCUGGUUGAAUGUAAUGUGUUUUGAUACUUAUUUGAAUGUGCGGAGGUACAUAAACGCUUCAGUAAGUAGACGGAGUAUGAGGAGACGCUUUGCGUGGUACUGCGCCUACGCAGUUUUACUGCCAGUGCUAUUGCUAAUAGUCACCAUUACUAUGGACCUAUCGCCAGCAGUACCUAGCACUUAUCUAAAACCUAAUUUUGGAGUUAAAGGCUGCUGGUUCAAAACGGACCAAGCGGCGUUGCCGUAUUUCUAUGGACCAGUCGCUGUAAUACUUCUUAGCAACCUAAUUAUAUUUUUCCUCACUUCACGCGCGUUCGCGAGGCAUUAUAAUAAACUUAAAGACGUUUCACCAUUAGACCUGACGCAUUCAGACUUCAGUACGUCAGACGACUGGGUACGUCUGAGCACCGUGCUGGGCCAGCCCGUGCCGGCGGCGGAGCGGUCACCCACGCGCGAUCACGUCAGCUUCAACCAGCGGCUCAAGAAAUAUAAGAAGAUCUUCCGCACAUGCUGUCUCCUCUCAGUCAUCAUGGGGCUGUCCUGGGUGCUGGAGGUGGUCUCCUGGGCGGCGGGCGCGGGCAGCUCAGCCGUCUCUGUGUGGUCGGUGUUUGACCUGAUCAACGCGCUGCAAGGCGUUGUGAUCUUCGCCAUUUAUGUGCUGCAGCAACCCGUCCGGACUUUUGUUAAGUUUUCCAAACUCUGCAGCAUGUGCAGGAGGAAAAAGGACGAAUCCGAAUUGUCUGUAGUGAGUGACAGGAACAGUAUGUGUGGUACGGGCCGCAGGGACUUCGUGUAGACUAUAGUGAAGUGAUAAUACGCCUAUAGGUUAUUCUAGGGUAUUAAGUGUACUAGAGACUGAUUUUAAUACAGUAUUACGCAAUCGUCUGGCUACGGUGAUAAACAGUGGGAAUGGAGAAAAGUUCCUCUUUAAUGUUUCAGUGAAUUGUGUUUCGUUUUUUACUAUGAUGUAGAAACAAAUGAAUAAAUAUUUAACGCUAUAAGUUAUUUAGUCUUCGUUAUAAGAAUAGGUACUGCGUCUGAAGCCUCUGUAGGUAAUAUGAAUUUUAACAUGUAGUUAUUGAAAUUGUGUACAUAUACUCUUCCUUUGUAUUUAAUUAUGUAUUUACUGUGUGUUUGUAUUCAACUAUAAGAACCAAAAUUUAUUGCCGCGUUAUGUGUACAAUUGUACAAAGCUCAUUUGCUUGUAUUACUAUUUAUUUUCAAACGAAACUGUUUACGUCUCCGUUAUCUAUUUACUAUAUUACAUAUUGUAUAAAGAGAGACUAAACUUCGUUUGCAUUCAGGUAAUAUUGAAAUUAGCAGCUACAUUUGCUUCACAAGUUACCAAUAGUUUUUACAGCUCCUUAUAGAAAUGGUUAUAUAAUGAUAAGACAAAGGUGAGAGAAUAUUUUUGUAUCUAAAUAAAACAUGACCAAGUAAUAAAGGUUAUACGUAGUUACUACGCUUAUUUUAGUGAAUAAUCACUUUUUAAAUACAAUGUAAAUUAAAUGUAUUAAAAUACGACAUACAACAAACGGCCGUAGGUAAAUAUUAUUCCUGUAUAGCAUAAUUUCUAUUGUAAUUCAUUAUUAUUCGCCUAAUUUAUUCUCAGAUGAAAAUGGAGCUAAAUUUGAGUGCCAUAUUAAAUAUUUGUAAUUUUAUAACAUUUCGUAAUUUUUAAUUUAA